GCCCCUCUUCUGCCGCUAGCUACAGUAGCUUGAACCCCCCAGGCCAGUAAAAUUCUGCCCCCUGCUCAGACCCUGACAGCCACCCCGCUGCGAUUUGCCCCCCUUAAUCCUUUUAAACCCCCCCAAAGAGGAGGUAACAAAUCGUUAGCAGAAGUAAGGGCAGAGAGAGGGCAGUGGCUACAACGAAGGUUACUGGGCAUGCUCAGUUCGACUGAGCAUGCUCAGUACACCCAAAGUAGCAAAACGGGAGCGGGAGCAUUUUGUGGGGCUACACCGGCCGGGAGACGUCUGGACCUCACUAAUCUGGGCAGCUGCUGGGGCUUUGGUGGAAUAUGUGAAGCAUGGAGCCCUUGGAGCCGGAUAGUGCUGGUGUACUUCAUGAGCAAAACUCCAUUCAUGUGCCGAGAACAAAGGCACUGACCAAUCCGUGCCUUCCAUCUUAAAGGAGAGCCCAGGAAGUACAUUCUAUUGAAGAAUCUCCAUUUGAAAGGGACACAGAACAAGAGCACAGCCACUUAUCUUAACAGUCAUGGAGGCCACUGGUAACAGCCAGGAGGAGGUAUCGACCUCCAGAAAUGAAACAGCAGCAGACAAACCCUCUCUGCUAAACAAUGCUGUCCGAAACCAUUCACUAGAGACAGUCCGGCAGCUGUUGGAGGAAGGAGCAGAUGUUAAUUCCAAGGUAGAAGGUGGUUGGACACCUCUGCACAGCGCUGUACAGGAUGAUCAGGAAGAGAUCGUUGAUCUUCUGCUGGAGAAGGGUGCUGAUCCGUGUGCUAGGAAGAAAAACGGUGCCACGCCCUUUCUUGUAGCAGGGAUAGUGGGAAAUGUGAGACUUUUAGAGCUCUUCCUUUCUAAGGGAUCAGAAAUCAAUGAGUAUGAUGACAAUGGUUUCACAGCUUUUAUGGAGGCUGCUUGGUAUGGGAAUGAAGAUGCCUUAAGAUUCUUGUACAGUAAUGGGGCAGAUGUGAAUUUGCGGAGGGUGGUUAACGAGGAGAAAAGGACACUGAAUAAAGGGGGGGCAACAGCCCUGAUGGAUGCUGCCAGGGAGGGCCACCUCUCAGUCGUAAACAUUCUUGUCAGUGAGAUGAAGGCUGACAUUAACAUCUGUGACAACCAGGACAGGAAUGCUUUAAUCCAUGCCUUCCUUCCAAGUGAUAACAAAACAAGGGAGUCAAUUCUCCCGAUAGUUCUUUUCCUGCUGGAUUGUGGUGUUGACGUGAACAGAAGAGAUGAACAUGGGAAAACUACCCUCAUCCUGGCAGUCGAGAUGCGAAGUCUGGAUUUGGUGAAAGCUUUAUUGGAGAAGAAUGAAGUUGACAUCAAUGAUGCUGACAGAGAGGGCAAAACAGCACUGAUGAUCGCUGUAGAGAAAAACGAUUAUGAAAUAGCAAAGCUACUGUGUGAAAGGGGGGCAAGGACUGACCUUGGGGACCUUAUUGGGAUUGUCAAUAGGAAAUACAAUAAGAAAAUGGCAGAUCUUCUUCGCCAGUACGGCGCCAAGGCUGGUCCAAGUCAACCUCAAGAUUGGGAACCCACCAGCAAACGCUGGGGAGAGCAGCUGAAGGUUCUCUACAACAUGUAUCGUCCUAUGAUUGGAAAACUUAAAAUCCUCCAACAUAAUGAUUUCAGGAUUCAGAGAACCUCCCAAGGGGGCAUCUACCUGGGACUCUAUGAUGGGAAAGAGGUGGCUGUGAAAAUAUUCUGCAUUGGCACAGAAACUGCUAAAGAAGAGAAAAUGUGCCUUGAACAAUGUCUGACCAGCAACCAUUUAGUAAAGCUUUUUGGUGCUGAGGAAAAGAAACCCUGCCUGUACUUGUGCCUCUCGCUCUGUGAGAAGAACCUUGAAGAACACCUGAGUGCAUCAGAGAAUGAAAUGAAUUGCAAGGGUGUUCUUAAGACACUCUUUGAGGCAGUUCAAGAACUACACAUGUUUGGAUUUGGCCAUCAGGAUCUACACCCACGUAAUAUUUUGAUAGAUGCUGCUGGUAAAGUUCGCUUAGCAGAUUUUGAUAAGAGCAAAAGAUUGAGUGAAGGACAGAAGGAUGAUGUUAUAAUCAAAGACCUGAAGGCGCUCAGAAGGCUGGUCCUGUAUGUUGUAACAGUGGGUAAGGUCCCCUUUGAGGAAAAUUAUAGAGACGAUUUGGAUGCAAGUUGUCCAGAGGAUGUGCAGGACUAUGUGGAGAUUGCAGACCUUAGGGAAAGUCUGGUCUUCCCUGAUGAAGGAAGCCCAGUUGAGAACCUGCUGAGAGACUUGAUCCAACAUCCCUUUUUCUGGAGCAAGCAGAUCAGGUACAGGUUCCUGAGAGACGUUGGGAAUGAGAGCGAUAUCAAAACACGCAACACCAAGCAUCACAACAAUGAGAGUGAGAUUCUGAAAGCUUUGAAUUGGGAUGAGCACCCUUUGCAGCAGUGGACUGAGCAGAUUGACAAAUUGGUUCUGGACAGCAUGUUGAACCCCUUCAACAACAACAACAAGAACCAGAACAAGAACAAGAACAAGAAGAAACAGUAUGAAAACUAUGUCACGGACCUACUGAAGUUCAUCAGGAAUAUGGGCGAGCACUUUGACGAGAAGGAAGAAAAGGUCAAGGAAAUAAUCAAGGAGCCCUCGGAGUAUUUCCUGAACCUGUAUCCAGAAUUGACAGUUUAUGUCUACAAGUGUUUACGCAGCAUACAGCAUCAUAGACAUUUUCCAAGCCCUCAGAGUCUUUCUCAGCUGUAGCAUGUUGUAUCACUUCCGGUUAUAUGGCUGAAUCCCAUUGACUAACUUCCUUUUCAGCAUCAUUUCGUUCAGCUGCCAAAAAGUGUCAUACAAAGUGGGGAAGGGGCUGGGUGGGCAGAGGGUAUUGGAAUUUCAGUCAGUGGAUCUGAUCUCUGGAUUCAGCACUGAAGCACUCAGCUGUAAAGAUGCUAUGUUUGAGUGGGUUCAUGGAGGACAAUUACAUUGAGGAAAGGAAGAACUAAGUGCUAGAAGGGCAAGUGCCAGAUCUGGGGCUGCAGGAUAGGUACCCCUCCUCCAGCAGGUCCAGGCUGGGGGAGGGGCACCCCAGCUGCACCUGGGUGCAGGCCGCACCAGAUCAGGCCAUGCCUUGGUCCGGGCCAGGCCUGGGUUGGGGUCUGGGCCGCUCCGGCCGCACCUGGGGCUGAGCGCCAUGGCAGGUCCAGGCCGCAGCAGAGUUUGGGCUGGCAGAGGGGCGCCCCUCACCCAGCUGCGGCGGGUUCCCUGAGCACCCGUGCAUCACUAAAUAGGCUGCUGCGCGGCCGUGCAGCUUACAGGGAACUUAGGUCAGGACCACUUCCUCUGUUCAGUGGCUGCUUCCUUUCUCCCUUCUGGUGCAGUUAAUUGAUGGACAGAGAAAGAGGGAGCAGGAGGGGGUCCCUUGGAGCAUUUAGUCCUUCUUUCUAUCGUUGAGUCCCCCUCUUGGAAAACAUUUCCAGCUGAUAUUCAGGAGACAGAGUGUCUAUAUGUCAGGAUAUUCCCUGCUGGUUUUCCCACCUGUUUCCCAGUCCUUUGUCUCCCUUCCUGCUUGAUGGCUCUGUUUCCUGCUAAAAUGCAAAUUAAGUGGAGUGCACGUUCCUUUGUUUGAGACAGACCUGUUUGCAAACCACAAUUUGGAACAUGUGUUAAUUACACAAUUUCCCUGUAGGAUGUAACUUCACAUAUGGUGUUGCCACACACAUUUUAUUAGGUCAAUAUUGACCAGCAAAUUAUGGGUCUUCAAAUGAUACUUACAAGACAUACUUUGUACAAAGAUUAUUACAAUAAGGUGUGGACAUGGGUACAUUCUAUCACACUGCCAUCCUGUACCUGUGCUGUGUAUUCACUGUCAGGCUUGGCUUCCCUCUCACCUGAGGAGGCAGGCCUUUUGUUCCCAGGAUCAGGUCCCAGUUAUCAAAUAGGCUGGUAUUUUUUUGUUUAAAAGCAUAAAAGACAACUUGCCGUGAGGGGAGUCCUAGCUUCAACGCCAGCAUUGGCUCUUUAAUCUUUCUUCCCCAGAGAGCAGCUUUCCAACUCUCUCUUGAGAUCUGUCUUUGUAGUGGGGAUUGAAAACUAACUAAACUGGGCCUUUCUCUUUUAAAUGUGGCAAACAUAAAUACCGGUAACAGCUGGAUGAGUGACAGGCCCAAGUAUACAGUUGUAUAGUUUUUUAUAAGCAGUUGUUUCACUAGAAGUUGUAGAAACAUUUGCAAGGUGUAUUUAAUGCAUCCAGUUGGUAAUCUCAUACGUUUUCAUUUUAAUGCUACAUCAUUAUGAGAGUCUGGAACUAUUUCUAUGUGGUAUGGAAACCAGGGAGCUGAUCUUGCAAAAUCUUACGAUUGUAAGUAAUACUGAAUCCUGUGAGUAGGCUCACUGAAGCCAAAGGGAGUACUGGCAUGAGUAAGUAUUACUUAUGUAAGUAAGGCUUUGCAGGGUCAUGCCCCAGAUUCAGCACAGCACUGGUGCAGAAGCUUUGAUGCGUGGGGGCUGGCAGGAGUGAAUAUAUUUUCCUGUAUCUAUUCACAAUACACAUAUCGAUGCUUUUUCAACUGUACCUGCUUUCUCCCCUAUCUGAUAUACGCAGUUAUUGGAUUUGUUUGUCUUUUACACUGAGGUUUUUGUCAUCCGUAUUCCCAGAUACAGACCUAAAUCUGGAAUAAAGUCGGUUGGACAAUC